AAGCUUUGUGUGACAGACUGAUCUUUUAGCCUGCUGAAGGUAGCAUACAUUUUAUGCACACGUCUAAUUUAACCAGCAUUUAUUAGUAUCACAUCAAAAUUACAAACGUUUAAGAUCAGCAUCGCGGGGAGUAACAUUAAGGUCACAUCCGUUAUUUAUCCUUUCCAUCUGAUCUGAGUUAAAGAUGAUGCGUAAAAAGAAGCGCUCAGUCGAUGACGAUUCCACGCUUGACGUUCCCAAAUCAAAAAAGACCAAGAGCAGUGGACGACCAACAAAGUCUUCAUUACAGGACUCCUACCCGGACUCAGUUUUUGUUCAGUUUCUGAAGGAGUCUGGUGUCACUUUGACAGCUGGCAGUACAGCUAAUGAAAUUGCUGCAGACCAAGUAAUAUUUCAAAAGCGGCUCCAGCAGCAUCUACGAAAGCAUCCCAGAUUCCCCAAUAUAAUAAAGGAGUUUAUAUCUGCACUGGAAACAUACAUUGAAGACCCAGAGAGAUUCAGAAACUGCCUGCUGCCUUGCGUGCCAUCAUCCACUUCACAGCAGGAUACCAAUUCUGGCUCCUAUCAGGAAAGUCUUGUACGCCUGUUGCUUGGAAUAGAGAUGCUACAGACCCAGGUCAUAAACACUUUGUUCGAAAAGCUUCCAGAAUUCAUGUUGGAGGGUGUGAGCGAGGACGGCCUCAAUGUUCCCCGUCUCAUAAUAAACCAGUUGAAGUGGCUGGACCGAAUUGUAGAUGGCAAGGAUUUGAGCAGUAAGCUGAUGCAGAUGGUGUCUGUGGCUCCGGUGGAGAUCCAGCGGGACAUUAUUACCAGCCUGCCUGAAAUCCUGGAGGAUUCCCAGCAUGGAGAUAUGGCCAAAGAGCUGUUGGAGCAGUGUGUUUUGCCAGCAGUGUUGCAGGCUUCCCAGAGUCGUAUGAAAAGCAAAGCCAUGUCAGGGUCCUCCAGGGUCCCAUCAUGCAACAAUGGUCAGGACAGUGUGGCUUUGGUUUUGGAGGUCAUUAAGUCAGCUAUCCGAUUUCAGAAGACCAUCUCAGAAGCUUGGCUAAAAGCAAUAGAGAAUGUUGAUGAGUCAGAUGACUAUAAGGUGGUUGACCUGUUGGUGCUGUUCAUCCUUCACUCCACUAAUGCAAACCACAGCCGGCGUGGGGCGGAGAGAGUGCUCAAAGUCAAAGUUCGCAAGGGUCUGAUUCAGGAAAACCUCUUGCAGAAGACCUUUAAGGGUCAUGCUCAGGUUAUGCGGGGUUAUUUCCCAUCAAUUCUGGCUCUAGCUCAGGGACUCUUGCGUUCUCCAGACUGCUUUGUGGUGCCUUUCGGAGGUCACAUGUACAAACAGGCCUUCACUGCCUUUGACUCCUACUGUCAGCAGGAGGUGGUGGGCUCUCUGGUCACACACGCAUGCAGUGGUGUGAGUGGUGAAGUGGAUGUGGCCCUUGAGCUGCUCUGUGAGCUGGUAUCUCAGAAGCCUGCAGAAAUGAGCCAGUUCACUGUUUUUGUUAAGGGUAUUCUGGACUACAUGGACAACCUGACCUCACAGCAGAUCAGACGACUCUUCCACCUGCUCAGCUGCCUGGCAUUUGGACAGGAGCAGCACGGAGGACACAUCCAGGAUGACAUGCACAUCGUCAUCCGUAAGCAGCUGUCUAGCACGGUGCCCAAGUACAAACGUAUUGGUAUUAUUGGUGCAGUCAUGAUGGUGGGCAGUAUGGGGGCCUGCAGAAAUAAACCCGAUGGCUCUCAGGGUGGCACACUGCCCAAAGAGACACACAGACAGGUGAUGGCUCUGUUGGAGCUGGUACGCUCGUGCAGUGAGAGUUCCCCUGAAGCUGCCGCUCUCUAUUACGAUGAGCUGGCCAACCUGCUGCAGACCUGCAAACUGGACCCUCUAGUUCAGGCAUGGAUCGGGAAGAGUGUGCUAGAGGAUUUUCAGGAAGACUUUAUUGUAGACCUUGGACCAGAUUUAUCAGGCCCGUUUGUGUUUCCUGCUUCUGUGAUGCAUAAUUUGGACGAGGAUGAGAGUCAAGGGGGAAUCGCCAUCAAUCUACUGCCACUUAUGACUCAAGACCAGCAGCUCAAAACAGACACAACCCAACCAGCUGGAGUCAAGAAAGAGAGGCGCGUGUCUCCUUUGUGUCUGUCCUCAUUUUUCCGCCUGCUGAGGUUGUGUGAGGAGGUGCAGCACCAGGGUGAUCUGGAGGAGAUUGAUGCUCUGCUAGGCUGUCCUUUGAUUCUGACUGAUAUGGAGGUGGUGGAGAAGGUGGAGAGUCUGUCUAAGGCUGAGAGAGAGUUCCUCUGUUCUCUGCUCUUUUACACCAUCAACUGGUUCAGAGAGACGGUGAAUGCUUUUUGCAAGCAGAAUGAUCCUGAGAUGAAAAUGAAGGUUGUAACUCGUAUUCAGAAUAUCACUUACCUUCAGAGUUUACUGCAGACAUGCUUAGCAGCUACUCCAGGCUACACUCCUCCUCAGGCUAACUUUGAUGGAGAGAGUGCUGAAGGGAUGAUACCCUCUUCUUCAAGUGCUCUCCCAAAGAAAGGAAAGAAGGAGUCAUCUGGGAGGAAGAGGAAGGCUUCAGCAAGUAAGAACACCUCAGGAGACAAAUCACAGCUGGAGGGGGCCACAGAGGCAGAGGAUUCCCAACAGGAUCAUCCAGAGAAAGAGAACGAGAAGGAGAAAGAAAAGGAUGCCAAAUCAGGAGUCAGUCUGUCCUCGUACGGGCCGUUCUUCAGAGAACUUGAUGUUGAAGCUCUGAGCGUGCUUCAGUGUGGCCUUCUUUCCCGGACACUGUUGGACACUGAGCUACAUAGUAAGUUAAGGGAGGAAGUGCAGUUGGGCCCUGCAGAGUUGCUUUUCCUGCUGGAGGACAUGUGGCGUAAACUGGACUUCAGUUUGGCUUCUGCACCAGCCAAAAAGGCUCCAUUUCUUAAAAGUAAGACGGACAAAGCAGUUGGCUUUGCUCACUUGCAGCAGAAAAAUGCCAAAGAGUUCGCCACCUGCUGCAUCGAGCUGCUGCCCACACUUUGCACACACCUGGAGAACUGCCACAAUCACUUUCAGACUCUGCUGUCUGAGCAUCAGGGUGUUGUUGAUGCUCCUGGUGUGGAUGUGAAGGAACAGCAACUCAUGUGUUCAGCCUAUCAGCUCCUACUGCAAGUGCUACAUACUACGUUCAGCUGGGCUGGAUUUUCUGGUCUAGAGCAUCGUGCUCUGCUGAAGAGCGCUCUGGGGGUCCUGGCCGGCCGACUGAAGGAGGACGAGACCGAUUUGACCCUGGAUCAGCUCAGCAGGCACGCUUUUGAGUACCUGCAGAACUUCCAAAGCACAGUACCCAGCCUGAACACUGCCUUGUGUCUGACCCAGCUGCUCAUUGUGCUGUCCCAGUAUGGAGGAUCAAACCACAGGACCUACAGAGAACAGAUCACGUCACUGGCGAGGCGUUUCCUCUGUCAGGAGUGGGUUACAGCGAGUGGAGAGAAAGAGCGAGGAAACAAAUACAAUGAUGCUCUUCAAACUCUACUCAGUAUUUAUCUGGAGCACACUGAUGAUGUUCUGAAGGCGGUGGAGGAAAUAGCAGGUGAAGGGGUUCCAGAGCUGUUGAAUGCUGCUAAAGAUGCUAACUCGCGCAGCUGGCCAACACUCAACAGGCAGACGUUCCUGGUGUACUACAAGAGCAUGAUGGCAGAGCUGGAGAGAGCUGUGCGCAAGAUUCCUUCCAGCAAACAGACGGAUAAUCAAGAGGUGCAGAGUGAGAAGCUCUUAACAUGGAAUCUGGCUGUGCGUGACUUCCACAUCCUCAUAAACCUGGUCAAGAUGUUUGACAGCAGACCUGUACUCACUGUGUGUUUAAAGUAUGGUCGUCUUUUUCUGGAGUCCUUCCUCAAACUUGGAAUGCCUCUGCUCGAUUAUAGCUUUAAAAAACACAAGGAGGAUGUUCAAAGUUUGCUGAAGACCAUCCAGCUCAGUACUAGACAACUCCACCACAUGUGUGGCCACUCAAAGAUUAGGCAAGAUACAGGGCUGACCAAUCACGUUCCAGCCUUGAAGAAAAAUCUGGAGCAGUUUGUGUAUCGUGUGAAAGCCAUGCUCACUCUUAACCAUUGCCAGGAAGCCUUCUGGCUGGGGAAUCUGAAGAACAGAGACUUAAAGGGUGAAGAGAUUCUCUCACAAAAGUCACAGGCAGUUGAUGAAGAGGAAGAAGAGUCUUCUCAGGUGCAGAGUGAAGAGGAGGAGAGCGACUCUGAUGAGAGGAACAAUGGACAGGAAGAAGCGGAGGAAUCAGAUGAGUCGGACUGAAAUAAAGCAAAUAUUGUUAUAUAUUAGGACAUGAUCAGUACACUAUUGUUGAUUUAUUAUUACAUCAAAUUAGUUUUGGGAUUUGUUAUCUCCUAUUAAAUGGAAAAGAUUUUGAUUAAAGCUGU